AUCAUCUUUAAAUAUGACGACGUUAAUGGCUACAACAACAGUAGCGUCAAAUAUAAUUACUCCAGUUGUGCAAAAUUAUACGUAUUGUGGACCAAAUAUAAUAGCCUUCCAUUCGGCUUACGCCAAAUUACACGGAUAUUUAAGUUUAUUCGUAUGUAUAUUCGGUUCAGUUGCAAAUUCCUUAAAUAUUGCAAUUUUAACGCGACGGGAAAUGCGAUCACCAACGAAUUUAAUCCUAACUGGCCUUGCUGUAGCCGAUUUACUUGUGAUGUUAGAAUAUAUACCUUAUGCUAGUCAUAUGUACUUGUUAACAAAUCGACCACGAUUGGAACAAUUUUCUUAUGGAUGGUCAUUAUUCGUAUUAUUUCAUUCGAUUUUUACCCAAGUUUGUCAUACAAUUUCGAUAUGGUUAACUGUAACGUUAGCUGUAUGGCGAUAUAUCGCUGUUGCUUAUCCACAAAAAAAUCGUGAAUGGUGUCGUAUGGAAACUACAAUUGCUGCCAUAAUUAGUGCUUAUAUUGUUUGUCCAUUAUUGUGCAUUCCAUUAUAUUUAACAUUUAGUUUAUCACCAAAAAUUGAACAAUUUAUAAAUGGCGGCCACAAAUUUAAUAGCAGUACUUAUAAUGCAACUAUUGAUGGUCCAACGUUUAAUGCCACAAUUUAUGUUGUAAAAUUUAGUGAUGUAGCAGAGAAAACAAUGUUACAAGACAUUGACUUUUGGAUUUAUAGUGUUGUUAUAAAAAUAAUACCAUGUAUUGCAUUAACAGUGUUAUCAAGAAGACUGAUUAUGGCGUUAAUUGAAACAAAAAAACGUCGACAAGCUUUAUCACAGCCACCAAUGACAAUUGGUGCACAAACUUCAUCGUCAUCUGGUACAAAUGGUGAUGUUUGUAAAAUAAAAAAAGCUGUGUCGUCUGUGAAAAAGAAUAAAAAGAAUUCACGAUUAUUGGAUAAAGAAAAACAAACAGAUCGAACAACGCGAAUGUUAUUAGCUGUGUUGUUGUUGUUUUUGAUCACUGAAUUUCCACAGGGAAUACUUGGAUUAUUGAGUGUUAUAUUUGGUGUUAACUUUUUCUUAGAAUGUUACGUAAAUUUAGGUGAAAUAAUGGACAUUCUAGCACUGUUGAAUUCCGCUAUCAAUUUCAUAUUAUACUGUGCAAUGAGUCGACAAUUUCGUACAACUUUUAACAUGGUAUUUGGUGUUCCACGAUUGGCACAUCGUUGGCUUCCAGUUUCAUUACAUCCUGAAACCAUUGCUGCAUGCGAUGGUAAUGGGCAUACAACGGCUGUGACACAGAUGCCAAUAUCGCAUUUUCGAUGGCGUAGGUGAGAUCUGGACUAUGGCUUAUAUUGUGAUGCAGUAUUUCGAAAACGUUUUUACACAAUUUUAUUUUUUAUUAGUAAAAAAAUACCAUCGUCCGAUAAAAAAAGAAAAUACUUAUUUGAACGAAAAUAUUUUUAGUUACAAUAUUCAGUAUUGAAAAAAACUAUAAAUUAGUUUCUUUCGUAAGAG